AUGCCUGUUAUCGACAUUAAGAAGGAUUUAUCUGCACUCUUUUCCCAACAGGUCCAGGCCACACCCGAUGCGGUGGCUUUGGAGGACGAGAGAACGACAUAUAUUUAUGCCGAGCUGGAUGAAAAGGUCGCCGCUCUUGCCCACCGUCUCCGUGAGUCUGGAGUCGGUCGAGACCGUCUGGUAGGAGUGCUCCUCCCUCGCAGCGCCGACUAUGUGAUUGCCUGUCUGGCCGCCCUUCGUGCUGGAGGAGCAUUUCUUGUUCUCGAACUUGCAUAUCCUCCCGAACUUCUCGCCGACGUCAUCGACGACGCCAGGCCCGCUGUCGUGGUCACAUACCGAGCAGAGGUCGGGAAGAUCAAAGCAGGCAUCCCGCUUAUCACACUCGACGAUCCGGCUUCAGACGUUGACGGCCACGCGAGCGAGCCUUCUCCAUUACCUGCUGACGAUGAUCUGGAUCGACUGGCCUUUGUUUCUUACUCAUCGGGGACUACCGGUCGUCCUAAAGGGAUCGCCAACCCACACCGGGCACCAGUUCUUUCUUACAACCUGAGAUUCGGGGUUCGCGAUCUUCAGCAAGGAGACCGUGUCGCGUGCAAUGUCUUUUUCAUUUGGGAAAUCCUGCGGCCACUUUUGCGAGGUGCCACCGUGGUUGCCGUACCAGAUGAAGCCAGCUAUGACCCUGUUGCACUGGUGGACUUACUCGCAUCCAAGCACAUCACCGAAACUCUCAUGACACCUACUCUUUUGGCUGCGGUUCUGUCUCGCCAUCCAAGAAUCGGAACUCGUCUCCCGGAACUUCGCACCUUGUGGCUCAAUGGCGAAGUCGUCACCACUGACUUGGCCCGUCGAGCCCUCAAAGCUCUUCCAAAUACAUGCUUGCUCAACUGCUACAGUGCCUGUGAAACCCACGAGAUUGCGUGUGGUGAUAUCGGGGAUAUGCUUGACACCGAGGCACCAUACUGUCCGGUUGGCCCGCCUAUGGAUCCCAAACACACUUAUAUUCUUGACGAGAGUGGCAAGAAGGUUGAACCGGGAGCUAGUGGAGAGCUUUUUGUGGGCGGAUCAAUGCUCGCUCGUGAGUACAUCAACCGUCCGGAGACGACGGCCAAAGCCUUUACGCCGGAUCCCUUUGAUCCGACCCCAGGUGCUCGCAUGUACAGGACUGGAGAUCUGGCACGAAUGCUUCCUUCCGGACUCCUCGAGAUCACCGGUCGCGUGGGAUCCAUGAUCAAGCUCCGAGGUUAUUCGGUCGUCCCUGGAAAAGUCGAAAAUACCAUUGUUAAACAUCUGGCCGUGAGUCAUUGCGCCGUAGUUGCUCGUGGUGAAGGCCUAGAACGACAACUGGUUGCUUACGUUGUCCGGGAAAAGGAGAAUUCCACCGAUCGACCGACCGUGGAAAUCGAUGAGUCAGGAUACAGUCCAGCCGCACGUCGCAAACUCUCACCUUAUUUGGCCCAUUACAUGAUUCCGGCUCUGUGGGUGGAACUUGACGAGCUGCCAACUCAUGCCGUCUCGGGCAAGGCCGAUCCGAAACGUCUUCCUCCCCCUCCGAGCUCGAAAUCUGCCGCUCCCCAUAUCAUUGCCAAUGGGCAGAAGAUUGAGCAGGAUCCGAUUGGUAUCCAAGCCAUUGCUGAAAUUUGGGCCGCCACCCUCAAGACAUUUCCUGGUAAUAUUACACCCGCGCACAACUUUUUCGAUCUCGGUGGCCACUCCUUGUCACUUGCAGACCUUGCUGCGCGACUUUCGCGGAAUUUUGGCGUUCGCAUUCCCCUCGCCCGUCUCGUCGACCCUGCCACUCUCAGUGGCCAUCUGGAAACUGUUCGUGCGGUCAGAGACGGACAUACUGCAGCGGUGCAAGCCGAUCUCCCUGCCGUCUUGCGUGCGGAUUCCACCCUCGAUGAGGAAAUCAAACCCUCCGGUGCCACGAUAUAUCCAGUCAGCAAAGCAAACACAGUCUUCUUGACCGGCGCCACCGGCUUUUUGGGUGCCUUCCUCCUCAACGACUUGUUGGACAGUACUUCGGCUAAAAUCGUGUGUCUUGUGCGUUUCAAUGACCCGUCGGAAGAGGAUCGGCCAGCGGGGAUAGCAAGGCUUCGCAGGAAUCUCCUCGACUUAGGGCUGUGGAACGACUCGAUCAUGGAGCGCGUUGAAAUUCUCCCAGGCAAUCUAUCUCGAAAACACCUUGGUCUUUCACCAGAGGCUUUUGAAGAGCUUGCUGAACGUGUCGACGUCAUCGUUCACGCCGGUGCCAGUGUCAACCUGGUGUAUCCCUAUGCCGGGCUGCGAAACGCCAAUGUAGGGGGCACGAGAGAAAUUCUACGCCUGGCAUGUCGCGGUAACGCGACGGUACAGUACAUAUCUACCAACGGGGUGUUACCGCCAUCUCAGGAAGGCUGGCCGGAGACCACGAUGCUGGGCGUAGAAGACGUCCCCGAGAAGCUGCGUGAUGGUUAUGGCCAGACCAAGUGGGUCGCUGAGCAGCUUGUACUCGAAGCUGGUCGACGUGGACUGCCGGUGAAGAUCCUCCGAGCAGGCACCAUCAGUGGGCACAGCACCACUGGUGCAGGCAACGCUUGGGACCUCUUGUCCGCAUUGAUUGUGGAGUCGAUACACCUGGGGUACGCUCCUGACGUGGAAGGCUGGCGUGCCGAGAUGACCCCAGUCGACUUCGUGAGCAAAUCUAUCAUCCAUCUCUCCAAUCAGACUCAUGCCAAACAAACUAUCUUUCACCUCGGCGAUCCAGACCCUGUCAAUACUCGACAGGUUUUCGAUGAUCUGGGUCAACUCGGAUAUCCGACGAAGCGACUCGGCUGGGAUGAAUGGGAGGCCAUGUGGACGAAGAAAAGAGGCCACCUCAGCGGCGGAGACGGCCAAUUUACGGUUGAUAUCCUUCGCAGCGGCAUGCCGACCGUCGACUUUCUACGAGGCAUCGUCGUGCUCAACAAUGCCGCCACCAGACCAUUCCGUGCCAUUGUCGAGCGGCCUAAAGUUGACAAGGUAUUACUCGAAACCUACACCCGCCAUUGGUUUGCACGAGGAUGGCUACCUCAUCCUCCCUCGCGCCUAAAUUCUCUCGGGGGAUCGGCGCAAUCCAUCCGCAGAGGUCCAUUAAGCGGACGUGUGGCCGUCGUAACAGGGGCAUCUUCGGGCAUCGGUGCUGCAGUUGCUGCUGCUCUGGCAAGAGAAGGCUGCCAUGUCGCUCUCGCCGCUCGACGCAUCGGAACUCUCGAAGCAGUCAAAAAAAGACUCGCCGUCCGUGAAGGCAAAGUCAUCGUUCGCCAAACUGACGUGACCGAUCAGAAACAAGUGGAAGCCCUUAUCCGCGCAGCCAGCGCUGAACUCGGUCCAGUCGACAUUCUCGUCUCCUGCGCUGGGGUGAUGUACUAUACUCUGAUGGCGAACGCACAAACCGAAGAGUGGAACCGCACCGUCGACGUCAACUGCAAGGGUCUCCUGCACUGCCUCUCUUCAACGAUUCCCUCCAUGCUCUCGCGCGGCACCGGGCACAUCGUCGCCAUCUCCUCCGACGCCGGGCGCAAAGUCUUUCCCGGCCUCAGCGUCUACUCGGCAAGCAAGUUCUUCGUCGAAGCCACAUUGCAAACCCUACGUCUCGAGACCGCUGGCAGGGGUCUGCGCGUCACAAGCGUGCAGCCUGGGAACACGGCCACGGACCUGCUAGGCAUGUCUACGGAUGCCGAAGCCAUCAAGAAAUAUGGCGAGCCUUCAGGUGCGCAGAUUCUAGAUCCUGAAGAUGUCGCGGCGUCGAUUAUCUAUGCGCUUAAACAACCCGCGCAUGUUGCCGUGAAUGAAGUCUUGAUUGAGCCUCGCGACGAGCCGAUUUGA